AUGCUGUUUGCUAUUAAAAAAGUGGGGUAUGCUGGACCCGUAGCGAGCGGUAAACGGAGGGGCCCCCCAAAGCGGGCGGGGGGCUACCCAUCGUGGAGGACACAAUCUUUGAUGUGUUCGAAAGCACCCAAAUUUUGCAUCGCGGUGCACCAUUUCAGUGAUAUCCACGCCUAUAGAGCCUUUCUUCCUCAACAACAGCCCUUCAAAUUAAUGUUCCGACCGAGCGCUCCCGUUUACCCCACUUUUGAUGUUGGGUUGCCACACGUAUUUAUCUGGGACAACCAGAUUGACAAAGCACCGCAGUAUCCCCCAUGCUGGACACUUCAGGUGGGGUGGCUCGUUCGGCAUGAUGAGAGAGAGCAUGAUAGCAUAUUUUGCUCGCUUACACAAGCUUUUUACUUCUCUACACUAGAUAUAAUACUCUUGGUGUUCCCCACAACGUUCGCAACUCUUUUGAUAAGUCUUAAAACGCGUAUUUGCUGA